AUGGCGCUUCCAAACAAGUAUCAGAAUGGCAGCAUUGACUCGGCAGUCAAGGGUGUAUAUCGUGCGUCACCUGUGAAGCUCAUGAUAUAUGGCAAUGGCACAAGCAACCAGCUCUCUGAUGUUAUUGCUGAGCUUGGAGCAACAAAGGCCUUUAUCAUUACUGGUCGAUCAUUGUAUGAGAAGACACCAGUGAUCAAGAACAUUGAGAAGUCGCUGGGUUCUGCACAUGGUGGUACUUUCAGCAAAAUCGGACAGCACGCGCCAAUUGGAGACAUUCGCGAAGCCACAGCGUUGAUGUCAAAGUCUGGAUGCGAUGUCCUCAUUGCAAUAGGCGGUGGAUCUCCUAUUGAUUCCGCAAAGGCAAUCGCAUACAAUAUACAUCAAGAGACAGGAAAGUGGAUACCUAGUAUCGCAGUGCCUACGACACUGAGCGUGGCGGAGACCACGCAGAAUGCUGGCUUCACGACAGAAGAGAAACAUAAGAUUGCCGUCAGCCAUCCCGAGCUAGUACCUAAAGCUGUUGUGUAUGAUGGUGAAAUCGCACUAUAUACGCCAUUGAACCUUUGGACUAGUACGGGAAUUCGAUCGUUAGAUCACGCAGUCGAGUUAAUGUACCAUCCACUUGCUGCCGAGAUUCCCACAAAGCGCAUGGCUCUGGAAGCCAUCAAAGACCUCUUCACCUACUUGCCCCAAUCGAAAGCAGAGCCGGAUAAUGCCGAAGUGCGCACAAGACUGUUCCUUGCGUGUUACUCUUCGCUCUUCCCUUUCCUGUACACUGGUGGCGUUGGCCUCAGUCACAGCAUUGGCCAUGCGAUAGGCGCAACCUACAGUAUCCCACAUGGCAUAACCAGUUGUUUGAGCUUAGCGCCCACGGUACACUUCAAAGCUAGCAACCCUGAGGAAGCGAAGCAAAUUGCCAGAAUCAUUCCGUACAUUGGGAAGCAAAGCACAGGCAGCGAUGAAAAGGACUCGCGCAUUGUUGCAGACGCGAUUGCAGGGCUGGUAGAACAACUUGGUCACAAGACUUCUUUGACAGCUUAUCAUGUGCCGACGGGCAAUGCCGAGGAAGAAGCGAUUGCAAUCCGAGCGCUCCACAGCAAGGACCAUAAAGAUUUCGAGAGCCUAAAGCAAAUUGGACCACUCCAUCCUCUCCGCAAUGCGUCCAAGGAAAACAAGUCCACGAUCAAUAACUUUGUGUUCUCGCCCUCCGUACCCCAGCCAAUCAUCGCGCAAGUUGGCCGCAUUUCCGCGACCACCUCCGGGCCUGCACCGGCUAAGUUCACACCCGCCACAAACAGUGUGGAGACCUUAUCCGCGCCCGCAUUUCUUAGCCGUGCAUCGGUCCGGCAUUUGCGUCGGAGGUGUAGCAGUGUAACCACUCAAGGGCUUUGGAAAGAACUCACAAUUACAACCAAAACCACAUUCUCCACGAUGCAAAGAUCAUUCCUCUUCAGCGCCCGCCGUCAUGGCCCACCAACAGGUCUCCGCUUCCUCUCCAGCACGCCCUCCCGCCUCGCAAUCAACAAAAUCGUCUCCUCAGCCGAAGAAGCACUCAAAGACAUGAAACCCGGCACCACCGUCCUCGUCGGUGGCUUCGGCUUCUCCGGCGUGCCCAACACGCUCAUCAACGCACUCCGAGACCGCAAGGACCUGACCAAUUUCACAGUCGUCAGUAACAAUGCGGGCAUGCCGGGUGUGGGCCUAGGCCAGUUACUGGAGACGAAGCAGAUUGGCACCAUGAUUGCAAGUUAUAUCGGCGAUAACAAGGUGUUUGAGCAGAUGUAUCUCAAGGGCCAAUUGAGUCUGCAAUUGACGCCCCAGGGCACGAUUGCGGAGAAGUGCGCGGCGGGUGCGGCGGGUGUGCCGGCUUUCUACACACCAGCUGCUUAUGGAACUAUAGUACAAACGGGUGAACUGCCAGUUCGCUACAACACCGACGGUACCAUUGCCGUCAUGGCGCCGCCCAAAGAAACCCGCGAAUUCAACGGCAAGCAAUACGUCCUCGAAGAAGCCAUCCACGGCGACUACGCCUUCGUCAAGGUCGCCAAGGCAGAUCGACUGGGCAAUUGCCAGUUCCGCAAGGCGCAGAACAAUUUCAACGAGGCCAUGGGCAAGAAUGCAAAGAUGACGAUUGUCGAGGCCGACGAGAUUGUAGAGGACGGCGCCAUUGCACCCGAGGAUAUUCAUCUGCAGGGCAUUUACGUCAAGAAGGUGAUUAAGAGUACCGUGGGCAAAGCGAUAGAGAGACUAGUGCAUUACAAGGAUCCCGAGGCUCAGAAGAAGGCUAUUCUUGAGGGUGGCUCGUCGGAAGCGGCGCAGAAACGCGAACGCAUCAUCAAGCGUGCGGCGCAGGAACUCAAGGAUGGCAUGUAUGUCAAUCUUGGUAUUGGGAUGCCGCUCGCUGCUCCCGCAUUUUUGCCAGAAGGCACGGAGAUUGUGUUGGAGUCUGAGAACGGGAUUCUGGGGAUGGGGCGGUAUCCCAUGCCGGGCGAGGAAGACCCGGACCUGAUUAACGCGGGCAAAGAGACUGUCACGCUGAUCAAAGGAGCCUCUACCUUUGGUAGCCAUGAGAGUUUCGGAAUGAUAAGAUCAGGACGCAUCGAUGUCGCCAUGCUCGGCGCCAUGCAAGUCAAUCAAUACGGAGACCUAGCAAACUUCAUGCUCCCCGGUAAAGUCAAAGGUAUUGGCGGCGCCAUGGACCUCGUCGCCAACCCCACGCAAACCAAAGUCGUCAUUACCAUGGAACAUGUGGACAAAAAGGGCAACCCCAAGAUCCUCAACAAAUGCAGUUUCCCCCUCACGGGCCAAAAGUGCGUCAGCACGAUUAUCACAGAUCUAGCGGUGUUUGAUGUCGAUCGGGUGGAAGGAUUGACGCUGAAGGAGGUGGCAAAGGGGGUUAGUGUGGAAGAGGUGAGGAGUAAGACGGAGGCGCCGUUCAAGGUUGCAGAGGACUUGAAGGAGAUGAGUAUUUGA